AUGCCAUCCAUCCGCCUGGGCGAUCGAAUCUAUCAUGUGACUGACAUUGACCGUGCUCAUUGUCCACGAGUCGUGCCAAUGAAGGUCCUGGUGCUGGGCCUUUGCCGCACCGAACUACAGCACUUAUCAUCAUAUCACGGCUAUCACGCUUUGAUAACAAAUUCUCGCAACUGUGAGAUUUGGUUGAAGGGGCUGCGGUCGAAAUGUGAUGGGAUUGGCAAGCCAUUUGGAAGGGCGGAAUAUGGCUAUGCUGUCAGUGAUUUGCCUGCUGCGUGCUUUCCACGCGAGUUGGUCGAAGCGUAUCCAGAGGCAGAAGUCAUUUCGACGGUUUCUAUAAUGCGGAUCGUACGAGCGCUAGGCAAAGAUCAUAUUAAAUACAUCAUGAUUCCCUUGAUCAGGGCGAUUAACAUUCUCACCUUCAGCAGCUUCCGCUGGGUUAUAUUAACAUUCGAAAAGGCUGGUCUGGGUAUGUUCACCGAGCCCUUUGAACAGAGAGCCCGCGAAAUCUAUUCUGAGCAUUAUAAGAUGAUUCAGUCGCUCGUUCCGGUAGAGAGGUUAUUAAAGUACCACGUCAAGGAGGGAUGGGAGCCGUUAUGCACCUUCUUAGAACAGCCAAUCCCGGAAGCUCCUAUCCCCAAUAUUAACUUAAAAGCCGAGAUGCAAAUGCGGAGCGACAAGUGUACCUUGUUCAUGUUGAAAGAGUGUGCUGUAACUGAGAUGAAGUCUGCUGUUUGUCUGUUCGUUGCUGGCUUUCUACUCAAGAUGGCUAUGCUGGAUCGUUUCGAUUAA